AGAGAGAGAGAGAGAGAGAGAGAGAGAGAGAGAAAGAGAAAGAGAGAGAGAGAGAGAGAGAGAGUCCGUCCCAGAGAGAGGAAGAAGGGGGAACCUAGCCGUGAGCCUCUCACACACCGGCCCACCGGAGUACAGGUGGUAGUGUUCCGGACCCCUGGGGGACACUGCACGGGCUCGGAGACACAGCGCUAGCGGAGAUCAGCCUCUCGAGACAACAGCAGAUUUACUCUACCCUGAAUCCUACAGCAUCAUGUUUUACCACACACUCCUUCAAUAGGGACUGGAGAGACAGAUCACCCAGACUAACAGUUGAAAUAUCACCCAGACUGGAUAAACAACCUAUUCCCCUUAACAUAGACAUUGUAAUCUCCCCCCGAAACAACCUAAAUAAACCAACUGAACUCUGCUGCCUGAGCCUCAGCUCUAACGGACUAAAAUGCGACUCCCUGCUCGACUCCCUGCUUGAAUCCCUCCUCGUCGGCUCCCUGCUCGACUCCCUGCUCGACUCCCUUCUCGUCGGCUCCCUGCUCGACUCCCUGCUCGACUCCUUCUCGUCGACUCCCUGCUCGACUCCCUUCUCGUCGACUCCCUGCUCGACUCCCUUCUCGUCGACUCCCUGCUCGACUCCCUCCUCGACUCCCUGCUCGACUCCCGAGUGAUUAAAAGUCCAACUCCUUGGAAGAUAUCAAUGAUUCUGUUUAUAGAAGGUUUUCUGGGCUUAGCGUAUAUACUUUAAUGUAUGUGACUCUCACACAGGAAGCCAUCUGGAUGAGAUAUCGGCCAGCGGAGCUCGGCGAUCCUGACUGCUCUUAGCAGUGACCUUUCUAGAGUGAAAUGCUGUUUCUCACUUCGUCCGAACCAAACAGCAGGAAGCUUUGAAACAUUUCCACCACUGUCACCCCCCCCCCUUCUCGUUGUUGAGUAAUGGUCUUCCAAGAUAAAGAGCUGCUCGCUUUCUCAACACGAAAAAUGAUCUGUCUAGUAGAGAUUGCAAUGCAGUCAACAGGCAUGUUUUGGUGGCUGGACUAAGAAAGAAAAACAAAAGAAAGAUUGAAAGAAAAAGGGGUGAGGAAGAGACGAGAAGCGUCUGGGUUUUUGGAGAAAGAAAAAGAUUGAGAGGGAGGGAAGACAGACACAAACAGAAAUAGGAAUGUUUUAUCAGUCUUUCUUCUUUAGCUGGAGAUUUGCAGUAGAGCACAUCGUUAUUGUGAAAGCGUGUUGGCUGUGGUCCAUGGGAACUGAUCCAGAGUGCUCUGUGUCUGUGGAACUCCCAGCCUGCUUUAGUCUCCCGGGAGGUCCCUGAUACUGUUUCUGGUAAGUCCUGAGUAAUACUGUGUAGUAACAGUGUGUCAGAACCAGAGGAACAGCACACUUCUUCCGUCCAUCAGCCUCCCUCCCUGCCAGCUACAAGACUAAAGGAAACAUUAAGGAGGAUUACUACAGAAAGAGAAAUGUCCAGUGGUAGGAGAAACAAUAUGGACAGCUAAGACUCUCCUUAUCCCCACUGGUGAUUCUCUUUUUUUCUCUCCAAACACUCCCCAAACGGUGAUCCUCAAACUGACAUACAGACCAAGCCAGGCAGGGCUGCAGACAGUCUGGGUAGAAGAAGAGACAGAAACUGUGGAGCAAACCAGAGGAGAACAAGAGAGGCUCCAGAACUCCCCAGCAGAGCAGCAAAGCUCCCCCAGAUCGAGGCACCUACCUGGGGGUAGAGAUGGAGACGGAGAGGGGUCAUAUGUCUGUGAGGAGGGGGGUAAGCUGGAGCCCAGGUGGGGGGAGGAAGUCCCUUCAGGGGGGGCAGGGCAGGGAUGUGGACACCGGCAACAGAGAGAGCAAUGCAUCUUGGGAGAAGCGGGACUACAGAGGAAUCAAAGGACAGGUGACAUCGACCUCCACCAAUCAGCUGGCUCGGAAAACCAACCUGACACGUAGCGCCAGCCUAUCAGAGAAGGAGUUGAAGGAGGCGAGGGUGAGGUCACAGAUCAUUGCUGCCCAGUUGACCGUCCCGUCUGGCUGCUCCAACUCCCGCGGAGUCCAGCUCUUCAACCGCCGCCAGCAGAGAGUCAACGCCUUCACGCUAGAGAGCUGCGGGGAAAGAACGAGGGAAGAGGAGCGAGAGGAGAGAGACGGAGAUACCAGGAACAACAACCUGACAUGGGAAGAAGAGCGAGGGGGACCUAGUGAGGGGACAGAGACAGACAGACAACUGGACUGCAGCGGGAUAAAACAACCACUCUGGUCACCACCCUCUGGCAGUGAGGUCACCGGAAGUGACGUCAUGAAGGACCCAGGUGACGAGCACAUCUACGAGGAAGUGGAAACAGUGACACAGGAGAGACACUUCCAGCCGGUGAACGAGAGACAAGGGGAGGAGGAAGAGAGAGAAAGAGAGGAAAUAUACGAGGAUAUUGAGGGUGAAGUGAAGGAUGAGAUUAUGUCAGUAAAUGAAAACAACACCGGUCCAGUCAGAGAGGAAGUGGGGAUGAAUAGGGGGUCAUACACAUACCCCACAGCUCCCCCUGAGACCCGUAAUGGCUUCCAUAACACCCAGAGCUCUGCUGGAGAGAUCCAAAAUGGAGGCCGAGUUUCUAUGUCCUUGUCCAGACAGGCCCCCACCAUCGUCAACCGGACAGCCAGACCCUUCUUCUCCCCUCCCACCGUACAACCCAAGUCCCCAGAGGCCAGGAGUCCCGUCAUGGAUAACAACAUACCUCCAGCUCCCUCUUAUCCUACCCCAACUCUUCCCCCAGCUUCCUCAGACUCCACUCCCCCUCUCCCUCCUUUCACUGCCACUCGCCCCGUAGCCUUCUCCCCUCCGCCCCCUCCUCCCUCAUACCCCAUGCCUCCUCUCCCAGCCUUCCCCAUCCAUCCUCCUCCUCCCUCCCAGUCUCUCUCCAUUCCUCCCGCCAUGUCUACCGUCAUGUUCCCUAGGUCUACACCCGUCCCCCAGUACAACCCUCCUCCUACAGCUGCCCCAGUGUCCCAGUAUCUACCCCCCAACCCUCCUGUCAACCACAACAUCCCUCCUCCAAGUUCCCCUAGACCCAACACCUUUGUCCCCUUCACCCCUCAGCCUAUAGGCCAACAGAACCAGCAGCAGCCAAUCAAAACGGGAAUCCUGGAAGAAGGGGCGGCGGCCAUCAGACGAUCGUCGACAGCCAGGAAGUCCAUGUUCACCUUUAAGGAGAAGCCUGUCAUGGCACCCAAUCCUGAACUCCUCUCUCUGGUCCAGGGGAACGAUGAUAGGAAGAAGCAUGGCCUCCGCUCCGUUCCCGACUCAGCCCCAGAGGAGGAGCUGCUGGCUCUGGGGGCCGAGGCCUCUAACUUCCUAGCCAGGGAGGAGGUGAAGGCGGAGGCUGCCAAUGUGCCGGAGUGGUCCUCCUGUCUCAAGAGCUCCAGGACCAGGGAGCCCAGGGGGCAGCACCAGCCAGAGCAGAUCCUGACCAACGCAUCAGGGAAGGGGGCCGAGCUGUUCGCUAAGCGCCAGUCCAGGAUGGAGAAGUACGUAGUGGAGAACCAGAAUGUGUCCGGUGGUGGAGGUGGUCAGAUGAGGUCUCCGUCUCCCACAGCAUCUCUGCCGCCAUCUUGGGUCUAUCCAUCGAAUAUGCCUGGCCGGGUCAAAGCUAUUGCUAACAACACUGACCUCAGCGCCAGGCUGACCCGGACCCUCCAGACCCCUCAGCCCUCGAACAGGAGGCCCAGCCAGCAGGCUCAAACUCCGGCCCCAGUCCCCGAGGAACCACCCUUGGAGAACGGCUGCACCAAGAUAGAGAUGGAUCUCUCCAGGCACAAGCCCUACCAGCUCAACUCCUCCCUGUUCAUCUUCAACCCAGUCCAGGACUCUACCAGCACCCUGCUGAGCUCUCUGCCCCGGGGGGCCCCGCCACCACCUAAACCCCUGGUCUCAUCUGAGGCCUACUCCAGGCAGGCCUCCCUGCCCUCCUCCAACCCUCCAUCGCACAACUACAACAGCCUGCCCCGCUUCAGGCCUACCAUGUCCCCUUCACUUCAGCCCCCAUCAGGAGGAAUUGGAGGUGGGGUUAACUAUCCUCCUCAACACGGGGGAACUCCACAGCUGAGGGACCCCAGGAUCACCUCUCCUGUCUCUGUCUUCUCUCCGGAGAGAGUGGCUUCUCCUCGGUCGAGCGUCCAGGCACCCAGACCCACCUUCUCUGCCAAGAGGGCAGGGAUCGAACCCCAGACGAGGAAGGAGUCACCUCCAACCCCGACCCACACCACCCCCACCAGGACACCCCAGUUCACCCGUCGGUUCAGCAGCCCAGAGGGACCCCCCACUCCCAGUGGGGUUUGGUCCCCUACCCCCCAGACCAGCAUCACCUCCUCCUCCUCUUCCAGGCCCCAACACCAGGGCACCACCACACCCACCUCCCCUGUCUCCCCACCCUGGGAGACGAGGUGCCAGUCCCCCGCGGUGGUCAACCAGACCACCAAACCCUUCUCUACAGCCUCUUUAUCCAGGCCUAAACCAUCCACUACCACCUCACCUAUAUCGCCUGUAUCUCCCUGGGGGUCCCGCUGUCAAUCCCCUAACAUCAACCAGACAACCAAGCCUUUCUCCACCACCACCACCAUCUCCAACUCUUCCUCUUCCAGACCCUCUCACCAAGGCACCAUCACCUCUCCUCUCUCCCCCUCACCCCUGUCCCCUCCCUGGGGUUCCAGAUGCCAGUCUCCCAUUGUCAGCCCCAACAACUCCAAGGCAAACCAUCGCCUGUUAGCCAAGAACAUCAUCAACGCGGCCAAACGUAAAAAUAGCCCGUCCCCAGGUGCUCUGAGUGGCCACAAUCUCCCAAUCUCCCCGCUAGGUGACAACACCACCCACCAGCACCACCAGGGCUACGACCACAGUAGCAGCAGCUCCAAACCCCCUUUCAGCCCCUACCAGUCCAGGGCCAUGGGGUGCCAGUCUCCCCCCUUCGCCAGCCCUCCUCCCACCCCUACAGGGGUGAUCCGGUCCCCAGUAAGGCUCUACAACACCAGGUCCCUCACUGACUCGGAUGCUUCGGUGGAGUCGGAGGACUCUGGGCUGAGGUCUCCAGGACUGCAGCGUACCCACAACACCUGUCCCCGGGGCUGGGGCGGCAGCCUGAGGGUGAAGAGGGGCAGUUUUGGCACCGACCUAUAGGGGGAGCUGGGGAGAGAGGGUCAGGAAAUAAAGGAAAGAAGAAAAAAAACGACAUUGAUAAAAGGGACUGGUGGGUUUUGGACAAUUCUUAAUUUCAUUGACCUAUAGGAGCAUCUAAGAUGGAGGGCCAGCUCAGUGCUUGCCUCACAGGGGAGAUAUGGAAAGGACUUUGAAAGGAACUGACCUUGUGUGUUUGUUGCUUUGGAGUAAGGGACAAUAAUGUUGACCACACAGUAAAGAACCUGAUGCCCUUACAAUGCAGCUGGGACAUAGAAGCAAACUGUCUGGUGAUUUUAAAGUAAUCUAAAACCCACUGAUUUAGCUGGCUGGCUAUAGAAGAGUCCAGGACCGUCAAGCUCAGAGCUAGCUCAACAGUGGGAUUACUGAGAGGAGAUUGAAGGGACAAUUCACUGUUGCCUCUUCCUCUCAUUCUUACAUCUUAUAAAACACGUUAUACAUUUAUUACGCAAAAAGGAAAUUAAAGGGAUUCUAAAAUCCUAAGAGACUUGUCUGCAACUUUUGGAAACCUUGUAAUUGAAAAACAAAAUGUGUUGUUGUAAUCAAGCAUUGCUGAAAUGUAAAACGAGCUUUUGACUUUGACAAGAGUUCCUUGAAUAAUCAAAUUAUUACAGUAGCUUACUUAUGUUUACUCUUAAAAAAAAAAAAAAAGGUGUUUAUUGUAAUUUGUACCAAAAAAAAAACUAAAAAAAGG